AGCACCACAACAAACGGAACGGUCAUUUUUGGGCAUUUUUUAAACCUUUUAAAACACGCGCAGUGUGAAAGUUUGUCGACGGUGUGCAGAGCUAAAAACAAAAAAAGAAAGAAAUAUGAAUUUCAAUGUGGAGGAUCACUAUCGAUCGGUUUUUAAAGAACGACUCUUAUCAGGUAUAAAGGAUUUGGAGAAGGAUUCGGCGAAUAUGAGGACAAGCGCGAUGCUGCUGGCGGAGGCGCGCGAGGAGAACGAGAGAGUGAACAGAGCACUGCAAGACCAGGAAAAGGAGUUGCAGAUGAGGCGGGAGCGUUUGAGAGAAAGAGCUGAGCAUGUGAAAAAAGAUAAGGAGAAACUCAGGCAGUACAAACUGGAUACGGCUAAGGAGCUGCAGGAAAAUGAGGCCAGGCGGUUACGUGCCAUACAAAAAGCAAAGGAAGAGGAAGCUAAAAUCAAAGAAAAAGAAGAGAACAUUAAGAAACUAAUGACACAGUAUGAAGCCUUGCAGGCGCAAAAGGAGCAACUGGACCAACGUAAACUACUGGUUAAAGUCCAGGAAAACUCUGCAAAGAUGCCUGGAAAGUUUGAGAACACUGGCCGACACCGUGGCUGUCAUGGCGCACAGUCCAUCAGAAAGGAAAUUCUAGAAAGACAAGCUAAUGAGAAAGAGGCAGAGCACAAAAAGCUGGAACUGAUGAAGGACAUAAAGGAACAGCAAACUCGUCUCCUGCACUACACCAAACAACUGCAGCAGCAACAGACAGAGCUAGACAACAUACACUCAGAAACACACAAAUGGGAACUGAAACGAGAGGAAUUGCGUUCCACUGCAGAGAGAGAGGAGCUCCAGUACGCUCAGAUAAAGGUCAGGAUUCGUUCAAUUUAUCAACUGAUCGCACCUUACUGGAGAGAGCCUGUGGAUAUUGAGGACCCCUUCAAGCAGCUGCAACUGAUCCGGAAACAUUUUCAGCUUGUGAGAGCUAUAUCUGAAGAUCGAAAUGUGAUGAAAACUCCUGCAGGUGGAACUGAAGAGAACGACAGGCAGCAGAGAUUAAGAUCCAAGCUCUGAAGAUAUAUGCACUAAAAACAGCCAGACGUGCCUAAGCUAAAUAUAAAUCAUCAUUUGGCCUGCCUUAUUAUUGUGCACUGUGAUGGGAAAGAAAGCAGGGAUACAGUACUGAGAUUAAUAGAUUAGUUUUAUUAUUGAUUUUUAUUGAAACUAAAAUGUGUCUUUAUUUUUGUUAUGAAGGAUCUUCGCAUUAAAACAUUGUUUGAUUGAGAAGUGCAUAAUACAUACAUGCAUACAUAUAUUAAAAUAUAAUAAAUACUUUAAGUAAUAAUACAAAUAAAUAAUAAUAAAUUGA